AUGGGAUACAAUAACUAUUAUUAUAAAAAGAAACGCUAUCUAUCUAUCUAUCUAUCUAUCUAUCUAAUUUUCUUCAAUAUCUAUCUCAGUUUGAAUCUAUCCUUUUCUAUCUAUCUAUCUAUCUAUCUAUCGCAGUUUGACAUAUUUUCAUAUCUAUCAUCUAUCUAUCUAUCUAUCUAUCUAUCUAUCUAUCUAUCUAUCUAUCAUAUGUAUCUAUUUAUCCCACCAAAUACGCACCAAUUUCAUCUAUCUAUCUAUCUAUCUAUCUAUCUAUCUAUCUAUCUAAUUUUCUUCAAUAUCUAUCUCAGUUUGAAUCUAUCUAUCUAUCUAUCUAUCUAUCUAUCUAUCUAUCGCAGUCUAAUUACAUCUAUCUAUCUAUCUAUCUAUCUAUCUAUCUAUCUAUCUAUCUAUCUAUCUAUCUAUCUAUCUGAUCAUUUUAAACAGUCUGAGAUAUCUAUCUAUCUAGGUAAUAUCUAUCUAUCUAUGAAUUCUAUCUAUCUAUCUAUCUAUCUAUCUAACCUUUUGAUUUUCUUCUUAUCCAUGCUUUUGGUUAUCUAUCUAUCUAUCUAUCUAUCUAUCUAUCUAUCUAUCUAUCUAUCUAUCUAUCUAAGCCCUUUGAUUAUCUAUCUCAUCCUUUUUAUCUAUCUAUCUAUCUAUCUAGGAUGA